UAGAGCAGCGUGGGUGGGAGGAAGUCCUACAAUUCAGGACUUCUCAUGAAGCGUGUCAGACGUUUCUUAUGAGAAGAGGAAGAGGCUCUUUCCCACAAGUGAGGAACGAGACAUAGAAGACCGGGAAGGAGAAGAGGAGUUUAUAUGCAAGCGGGGUGAAGAGAGAGAGAAAGAGAGACCCUCCUCUCUGUGGGUCAGUGGAUGAGAGAAGAUGAAGAGCCAAAUCACCAACGCCCUCUCUGACUUCUUCUUUGAGUAUGAGACCCCACGCCAGGUGUUGGUGAGGAACAGGAGGGUGGGAGUGGUGUGCCGUAUCAUCCAGCUGGGCGUCCUGGCCUACAUCAUCGGGUGGGUGUUCAUCUAUGAGAAAGGCUACCAGUCCACAGAUACAGCCGUGAGCUCCGUCUACACCAAAAUGAAAGGAGUCGGUUAUACCAGUGUGAAUGGAACAGAGAGAGUCUGGGAUGUGGCUGACUAUGUCUUCCCUUCGCAGGGAUCUUCUUCCUUCGUGGUGAUGACAAACUACAUCAUAACUGAAGGUCAGGAAAUGGGAAAGUGUCCAGAGCUACCAGGCAAGCACAACUGCAGCUCAGACGCCGACUGUGAAGGAGGGAGAUACAGACGUACGGCACACGGAGAAAUGACGGGAGUUUGCGUUGACUCCACCAAGACUUGUGAGGUGCUGGCUUGGUGUCCCGUUGAGAAUGAUCACAACAUACCUGAUCCCCCACUGUUGAUAUCUGCAGAGAACUACACACUGUUCAUCAAGAAUUCUGUAACUUUUCCCUUAUUUGGUGUCACAAGGAGUAACCUGGUGGAGGGUAUUGACUCUUCUUACAUCAGGAGAUGCCUUUAUCAUCCGAAGGAUGCUCCACUGUGUCCCAUAUUCAGACUGGGAGAUAUAGUUCAACAGUCUGGUUUCAGCAUUGAAAACAUAGCCAAAGAGGGAGGGGCUAUUGGCAUUGUAGUCGACUGGACGUGUAACUUUGAUGUGGCUGUAAAACACUGUAAGCCAAAGUACAACUUCCACGGCCUAUACGGACACCCCGACGAGAAAGACAAAGUCAAAGCUUCAGUGGGAUACAAUUUCAGGUAUGCAAAGCAUUAUAUUGAGAAUGGCACUGAGAAAAGAACCCUCCUCAAAGUGUUCGGGAUCAGGUUUGAUAUCAUUGUGCAGUCACUGGCUAGAAAAUUUGAUAUCAUCCCAACACUGACAGCUAUAGGCUCUGGAGUGGGCAUUUUCGGAGUGGCAACUGUGGUAUGUGACCUGGUGUUGCUCUAUUUGCUACCAAAAAGAGAAUUUUACAAGAACAUGAAAUUCAAACACACAGAUUCACAUACACAGCAUGACAGCGAGUCGCUCGGUUUAGACACAUGCGCCUAUUACACCCUCGAAGCAAGCACAAGCCAAGUCAGAGGCACUGACCAGUCCAACGAGCCUGAUUCAGAGGCAGGUAGCACAGAGACUGGAGAAUCUAAAAAGUGACCUGGGAGAAAACUUACGAGGUACUGCUUUUAAAGGUGUGCUGCACUGGAACCCUGCAAAACCACAAACACACACACCUACUGAAUUGACUUGAGGCUGGGGAGGACACAAAUGACAAUGCUCCACAUCCUCUAUUAUCAUCAGCAUCAUCUUCCCUCUCUGGAAGCCACCCCAGCAGACUCUGACUCUUACUGUUGUACAUACAACCACGGCAUAACUCAGCUGUGUGUUUUUAUUUUUUGGGUGUAGCUUGGUUUGCUUUUGUCCACACUUUGGGUGUAGCUGCCACCUCCUUGCCACUGUUUCCAUGCUCAUUCAGGUGAAGGAACUUUUUUUCUGGCACUCCAAGUGCUCCUGUGUGUGUGUAUACAAAUCAUCCGUUACCUCCGUCACUGUUUUGUCAAAGCAAGAUAUACACACAUAAAUUGUGGAUGUGCCACUGAGUGAUUCAUCCUGUGUGAAACUUGUGAUUUAAAUUGAAUUCAAUAAAAGAUGUACAGUAAUAAUUACUGUAUGUUCUGUAUACAUGCAAAAAAUAUCAAAAGGACUCAGUUUUUUUCUUUUUUAUUGUCUUUGAUUAUGUCUAGGUGUACAAAAAGCAUGCAAAAAAUAGCUUCUUUAUAUAUAUUGGUACAUAUUUACAUCGUAAGAACUGCAUUCCAUAGGGAUGUGCCAUGCUUCUGUUGUUGUGUGAGCGACAGGCGAGUGAGUACAUUCAGAGAAAUGCACGAGACGACACGAGACGGACAUCCAGAAACACAGAGACAGCAGGCGCCUUCAAGACACACAUCAGGAGAGUCACAGGAGAAACACAGCAUCGAUCCAAUCGGCCCUGACUUCAUAUUAUUUACAAACUCACUCUCCCACAGUCCUUCUCUUUGGAAAUAAUUAUGACCUGAAAUCUAUCAAAAAAAUGAAAUAAAUAAAUAAAAGGUCCUCAAAAAGCGCUCACAUCCUGUGCACCUAUUGAUUUUCCUCCUGUGUUUCAUCACAGUAACACUCGGCUAACCUCUGCCAACGCCGACCCGAUGAAUCGGAUAUUUUUAAAACAGUAUUUAAUAUUUAUCAGGAUCCAUAUCUGCAUCAAAAUAAUGUGCUGACUUUUGGAGAAUAUAUUAAGUCUGAAUUGUGCAGAACUGCAACAGUGACUACCAGGUUAUGGCCAUUUAAAUGCAUCAUGUGCUGUAGUACCAGUGUAAGGGAAAAUUAAAUUAAAAUGUAUUAAAGACUCAAUCAGAACUGAUGCACAGACAGGAUUUAAAAUGAGUUGUAAUUGCUCGUUGCAUUUAAGAGUUAUAAAGUUUUGAAUGUGCCAAAUUUAGGGAAGAUUGGCAACAAUUUCAGGAGUGAUUAUGUCUAAAAUAAAGUGAUAUUAAUUGAUUGCCACAACUUGAAAAACUAAGAAAUCAGAAAACAGAAAUCAGUUUAGGAAUUAUAACAUGAAAACACACUGUCAAGGGCUUUCUAAGUGGCCACAUGGUAAUAUAAUCUGCACCAAAGGCAGUUCUUCUUGAGCCUGACGUCUUAUUUUCUGUCCUGAAGCUGUGCAUAUGCUUCAGACUAACAGAGCAACAGAAAACAUAACCUCUGCAGAGGCAAUAACUGCUAUUAAAAAAAAGCUAUUUACUGUUGAGAAAGUGCUGGCUGGCCUGCAUGAAGAGACUGUCCUAUAAUUGGAGGGUUAAAUGUUUCAUCUUCAAGGGCAGCUAGUGAUCAUCCAUCACCGUGUCUCUAGAGAAGAUCUCGAACACCAAAGCUGCUAUUUCAAGCCGCUCCCGUGCUCCGAGCACCGCUCGUGUAAUGGGAUCUACAGUGUUUUAACAUCAUGCAGCAUCUCUGCAGUGAAAUCCAAUUGCAGAGUCCAUUUCCCCAGUUGUACAACAAUCACAAUUCUUCAGUUAUUACAUGAAUAUGCACAAGAAAAACAACUACUUGAAAUCCUGUUACUGCAGCCGUUACAGCAUUCUGACACAGACAAGAGAGUAAGUUAGAGUUAGUAGAAAAUGGGAACAUUUUAGGUUUCAUUUGUAAAACUGUUUACAUGCAGAUCGAUAUCAAAGAGCAAUGCUUCAAAGAGCACAGGAGACUGAGGACAUACGGGUACACAGUAAAUAUGGUCUUUUACAGGUGAGACACUGUUUUUCUCCUUGAUCUUAAACUGUACAACCUUAAAUGGCUGGCAGGAACCAGUAGUGUUACAUACAAUCACAAUAAAUUUAGGCUUUUCAACAAGGACAACUCAGACAGACAUUAGGAUGAGCGGGGAAUGAGCCAACAACGCACCAGUGAGAAAGACGACAUCGAUAUUGCACCUCUGACAAAUGUACAAACACACACGUGUAAAGCUGGCAACAAAUUAGUUAAAAAAAAAAGUGUUUAACUGUUUCUUUAGCAAAUAAAAUAUUAACAUAGCGUUUCAUACUUUUUGGUUCAAACAGCCCUUCAUUGAAGGUUAACCUCAGCAGAGAGAAGGAACAAAAACUGAAGAAACACACGACCACAGCCGCUCAUUUCACAUUUCAAACUGUUAGACAUUAAGAUAUUCAUGUAUCUUCUACGACAUUUACUGAGCAAUAACAUAAAAAGAUAUUUUCAUGAUAAUAUUUUAACCAUGAUUUUUACGCAUGAAGCAGGAAAGAACUAAAAUCCCUCUCCGUUCUCAGAGCUUCAGUUCAGCAUCCUUCACCGAAGGAUACCGAGGGCAAGAUUAACGGAGGGAAUGCAAAGCAUCCUCCGAUUUUAAUCAGCCACGCUGGGGACGCCAAUUGAAGUGGAUGGGGAAGUGUUGUUGUUGGCAGCCUGGGCCUAGUCGUGACAUUGAAAUGCUCCUUUUUCACUGCGGUUCAAGUGAUCAGAGCACUCUGCCAGCCAAAAAUGCUUUCUAGCACGGAGCAACGCACCAGGCCUGAGAGGACAAAACAAGGAGUUAUAUAUGGAGUUAUAUAAACAUCCAUCUGAGGCAGAGCUGCUGUGGAGGCAGAAAUGUUCUCAUUGAUUUGAAUCAAUGGAGACAAAACAACCCACACAUGUGGCUUUUUUUUUCUAAGUUAUCCAACUGCCUUGAAAGGCAACAAAGGCCCCAAAUCACAAAAUAAAUAACUUUUCCAGUCAUCCAUGAUCCCAACUUUUGUGAUCUCACAAGAUUAGGGUGCCAGCCUACCCAGAGGGACUGAAUAAAACUCACUGAGGCGGGGUGAAAUGUCACAUUUCAGCUCUUACAAUUGCACAACCCUUCCUAGUGUUUAUUUACAAUUUUAUUUGGACCCAAACCUAAAAAAAAAAACAAUUCCCUGAAUAUCCCAAAAUAUUGAGUUUCAUGUGAUAUAAUCCCAGCUGAAAUGUAAUCUAAUUUGUAUUUUAUUUAUACAUGCAUAUAUUUAUAAAAUAGAUAGAAUAACAGAUGUGCACUUUUAGCGUAAUGAAAAAUUCAAAUAAUGAAAUGAAUUUUUCUGUUACGAUGCAUAAGAAAGUUAGUUUUGGUAGGGAUAAAAUUUAGCGGCAUGUGGAAAAAUAAAUCCCUGAAACAGCCCUUGUCUUUGCAUAUGAAAAAAGCACACCUUUAUGACCCAAUGUGCACACCAUAACAAUUAAUUUGUGACUAUCCGAUUCUCCUUUUUUUAAAUAAUCCCGGAAAGAAAUACUAAAAUAUAACUUACUACUACUACUACUACUCUCCUCUCAGCACAACCCUCAAACUUUUCUGAGCCCUAAUAAUUUGUGUACAGUCCCUUAGCAUGGAUAACUUAAAGUAGAUUCAAUUUACACAAUGAGAUUAUUUAUGCCUUUAAAUUAGCUCUGCAUUCAAGAAUUUGAUAUAAGAUAUAUAUAUAUAUAUAUCUUUUUUUCAGUCUGUUCACACUUCAUCAUAUCGAAAGGAAAGAGACAAUGUUAGAGAACGGGAAGUCAAAACGACAUAACAGUGGUAGAAGAAGCGUGAAAUGACGCCUAACACAAACAUAAUUACACAUCACACAAUGGCAAAAGUCGCUUGGAACAAAUGUGUUGAAGUGCAGCAGAGUCGCUGUCUUCUCUGUGCGACCACCCUGAAGGCAGCACAGGAAAGACUUCGACCUACUGAUGGCACAUAUACAGGAAAAAGGCCGUGGGACGAUAACACUGACGACACGUCAAGAUAUCUAUGUACAAUAUUAAAAUCAUAAAUAUCAUAUCAUAAAGAAAAAGCCCUGUAGUUCACUGAACAGACAAUGUGGUGUCAUUUACAUGCUGAAGUCCGGUAACGAUUAUUGAAGAGGAGUUUCUCUUCGUCAGGCUGGCAAUGACUGUAACAGGUGGCUAUACAGUCUGAUGAUGAGGCCUAACUAUUCAUCAUGCAGGCGGGU